UGACAAAUAUGUGUGGUAUGGUUUACAAAACUAGUAAAAUUUAAAUUGAGAUGUAUUUCGUAUUUUUACAUUAAUAAAUAAUAAUUUGUUCUCAUAAUUCUUUGAAAUGGCAGACUCCUUAGCUGGGCAAAGAGCUAAACGCCAAAAAGUAGAUAAGCAUGGGCGAAUGUCAGCGUUUGAAAAGUUGAAAAACCUCAAAAAUAAAGGAUCAAAGCAUAAAUAUGAUGUAGACGAACUUGAAAACGUAUAUGACACUGUUGAUGAGAGGGAGUAUAGUGAACGUGUGUUGCAAAGGCAGGAAGAAGAUUGGAUCGAAGAUGAUGGUACUGGUUAUGUGGAAGAUGGACGAGAAAUAUUUGAUGAUGAUGAAAUCGAAGACACAUAUGUUGCAUCAGACACUAAAGAAAAUGGAAGAGGUCUUAAAAGAAAAGCCAGAGUGGCUCCAACUGCAGGAAAGGGUAACAUUAGAAACCUUUUAGGAGCUAUGCCUGCUAAGAAGAAGGAGGAUGUUAAGAUAUCAGAAGACAACAUUCUGUCUGACAUUAUGUCUGAUCUGGAUGGUAGUGGUCCAGCAGUUGUAAAACCGAAGCCCUUAGCUACACCUAAGGCUAACACACAAUCAGCUAAGUCAGAUGCUCAGAAUUACUUUAAAACCCUAUCAUCAUCUGUUAAGAAAUCUGUUGCUACUGUAAUUCUUGAUGAACCUCCUGUUAUAAAGCAAGAGAAAAUUAAAGAAGACACGAAAAGCCCACCUCUGAUAGAAAAUGGCAAUGCUGCUCCCAAAAAAAGCUUAUGGAAAAUAGACAAGGAAAUAAAAAAAGAACUAGAAGAUUCUCAAACACAGAACAUAGAAGAAUUUAAUACACAAGACAUUGAUUUCGGGGAUGAUUUCAGUAAUGAUGCAGCAGUAGAAAUCAAGGAGAUAAAAGAAGAGCUCCCCAGCACGGCCAAUACUAUAACAGAUGUAGCUGAAGAAUUCAUGAAUGAAGACUUUGAAAUAUUUCCCACUAAACAACUGAAAAAAGAUUUAAAACCAUUGCAUACUACUUGGAAUGAGCAAAUGGGUGAUAACCAUGUUGUGAAUUCUAUACAGUCUGAUGGAAAAUUGCCUUUACAGACAAAUAAAGAUGGUAAAGAGGUCCUUAAAUUCUACUGGUUAGAUGCAUGGGAGGACAGGUAUGUGAAGCCAGGAGUAGUAUACUUGUUUGGUAAAGUGUAUGUGAAUCCAGCUAAUAAGAAAGCAGGAUGUGUGUCCUGCUGUUUGGUUGUGAAGAAUAUUAAUAGGCAGAUGUUUUUGCUACCUAGGGAAUAUAAACUAGACCCAGUAACUUUAGAACCAACAGAUGAAGAAGUGACCAUUAUGGAUAUUUAUCAAGAAUUUAACACUUCAGUAGCAUCGGAAUUGGGUCUUAAGGAAUUUAAGUCUAGAAAAAUCACAAAGAAUUACUGUUUCAAUAUACCAGAUAUUCCUGCUCAGUGUGAUUAUUUGGAAGUGAAGUAUUCUGCAUCAAUACCACCACCACCCACAAACAAGAAAUACUUAACUUUCUCACAUAUUUUUGGUGCUAACACAUCAUCAUUGGAGAUGUUAUUACUAGAGAGAAAGAUUAAAGGUCCUUGCUGGUUGGAAAUUGUGGAACCUGACAAUGUUCAGGCUAAAGUGUCUUUGUGUAAACUGGAAGCAAAUUGUGAUGAUAUGGAAAAUAUUAAUGUUAUGAGAGGCGAUGAAGAUUUGGAGCCCCCACCCAUUGUUAUAGCUACUAUUAACAUGAGAACUGCAACAGAUCCUAAAACAAAUAGAACAAAGAUUUUAAUGAUUAGCUGUCUAGCACAUAGUAACUUCCCCAUACAUAAACCACCACCCAACCCACCAUUUCAACAGCAUUUCUGUGUCAUGACAAAAUGUAACGAACUUUGGCCCCUUGAUUUAAAACAAAAGUUGCCUCAAUACAAAGCAACAAAACUAUCAAAAUGCGAUACAGAAAGAGAACUAUUAAAUUGCUUUAUGGUUCAGUUUUGGAAAUUGGAUCCAGAUUUAGUUGUCGGUCACGACUUGCAGGGCUUCCAACAGGAUUUACUAAUAGGAAAUAUUUUAGACUUGAAAAUUCCAAAUUGGUCGCGUUUGGGAAGACUUAACAGAUCUGUAGCACCUCAAAAGAAAUAUGCUGCCAAAGAUGCCUUUUUGGGUAGAUUAGUAUGUGAUAUUAAAAUUUCAGCCAUGGAACUCAUUAGGGCUAGAAGUUUCGAUCUAGACACGUUGUGCAUUAACGUGCUAAAAAUGAAAGAAGGUGAACGUCUUGAUGUGGCAAUCGAAGAUUUGCCUCGUUAUUAUGAAAGUAGCAAUGAUUUGUUACAACUAGUUACUUUGACGAUGCAGGAUGCAUCCUAUAUUCUCAAAAUGAUGUGUGAACUUAAUGUCAUACCAUUAGCCUUACAAAUCACUCAAAUUGCUGGUAACAUAAUGUCUAGAACUCUGUUAGGAGGUCGAUCGGAAAGGAAUGAAUUUCUACUACUUCACGCAUUCACUGAGAAAAAUUAUAUCGUCCCGGAUAAAAUUUACGGGAGAAAAAAUUUAUCUGAUGAUCCUGAUAAUGAGGAUAAAGAGGAAACGGGUGUAAAUAAAAAGCAAGGAAAGAAAAAGGCUGCCUAUUCAGGAGGUUUGGUGUUAGACCCUAAGAAAGGUUUCUAUGAUAAAUUAAUCCUCCUCAUGGAUUUCAAUUCUCUGUAUCCCAGUAUUAUUCAAGAGUUUAAUGUUUGUUUCACAACGAUAAAAAGAAAGAUAACAUCAAAUUCUAAUGAUGAUAUAAGUAAUUUGAUACUACCGGGUCCUAAUACCGAAUUUGGAGUUUUACCUACACAAAUUCGAAAACUUGUUGAGAGUAGACGAGAAGUGAAAAAGCUUAUGAAAUCACCAGAUUUGCCUCCAGAGCAGUAUAUGCAAUAUAAUAUCAGACAAACUGCUUUAAAAUUGACAGCCAAUUCCAUGUACGGGUGUUUAGGAUUCACACAUUCAAGAUUUUAUGCUAAACCACUAGCAGCCCUUGUUACAAUGAAAGGCAGGGAAAUUCUCAUGGAUACUAAAGAAAUUGUACAAAAAUUAAAUUAUGACGUUGUUUAUGGCGAUACUGAUAGUUUAAUGAUAAACACAAAUUGUUUGGAUUAUGAUUAUGUUUUUAAAAUCGGUAAUGAUCUAAAGCGAGAAAUUAAUAAAAAAUAUAAACAAAUUGAAUUGGAUAUUGAUGGAGUUUUUAAGUACCUAUUAUUACUCAAGAAAAAGAAAUAUGCAGCGGUUGUAAUAAAUCGAAACAAAAACGGUGAACUAAUAUACAGCCAAGAACAUAAAGGAUUAGAUAUUGUUAGACGUGAUUGGUCCCAACUAGCUGCUGAAGCAGGGAAAUUUAUACUCAAACAAAUUCUGUCUGAGCAAAGUGCUGAUGAGAGGAUUGAGAGUAUACAAACACAUUUAAAUAAGUUAAAAGAAGAUCUAUUGAAUAACAAAAUACCAUUAUCGCUCUUGACCAUAACUAAGCAGUUAACCAAAAGUCCUAACGAAUACGCGGACAAAAAUGCCCAACCUCACGUUCAAGUCGCUUUAAGGCUAAAUAGCAAGAACAGUAGGAGAUUCAAAAAGGGUGACAUCGUGCCCUAUAUCAUUUGUGAAGAUGGCACCACCCACUCUGCUACACAAAGAGCAUAUCACAUAGAAGAAUUAAAAAAUUCUGAACUUCUUAAAAUUGAUUUUAGAUACUACUUAGCACACCAACUUCACCCCGUUAUAUCGCGUAUAUGUGAACCAAUCGAAGGUAUGGACCCGGCGCGGGUCGCCGACUGUCUCGGCUUAGACCCAUCCGGAUAUAGAAAUAUGAUCAAAAAAGAAAACUCAAAUACAGAAACUUAUGAAGUCGAAAACGAAAAGGAAAAAUACAGACAUUGCAAAGAAUUUACAUUCAUUUGUGUAAACGAAAGUUGUAAGGCUGAGAAUAGAAUAAGAGAAACAAUAAUAAAAUUAGAUAAAGAGAGUGUAACGUUUUUGGAGCGUUGCCAAAACGAGAAGUGUACAUACAAGCCAAUGGACUAUUUGCCUUGUAUACAAAAUCAAUUGUGUUUGCAAAUCAGGCAGUACCAUACUCAGUAUUACGCGGGGUGGUUAUCGUGCGAGGAUCCAGCAUGCGGCCACCGUACAACGCGCAUGCCGCAGACUUUCCAAGCUGGCUACCCCCUGUGUCGACUUUGUGAAAAAGGUCUUAUGUUCAGAGAAUAUACAGAGAAGGACCUUUAUUUGCAGAUCAAUUUCUUUCUGUUUCUAUUUGAUCUUAACAAACAGAACAACUCGAGAAUCAAAAUGUCACCUCAAGUCGUAUCUGCAUUUCAAAUACUUAAAGAGCUAGUUGCUGAUUGGCUCUCGCACUCUGCGUAUUCCAUUAUAAACCUAUCAAAACUAUUUAGAUUUUUCAGUGUGGAUUCCAAAGGUGGCAAAAUUAAAACUGAGCCAAUUGAAAUAGACAUAUUACCAGAGACUGAACACAUUGAUGCCAUCAUGGAAAUGGGAGCAUACUAACAUUUAUUUUUUAAACUUAU